CGCAGGCGCAGAUCUCGGGUGGUGGGUCAGCUGACCCUGUGGGCGACCUAACCGUUUUAGGCCGCUCGCUUCGGUCUGGACAGUAUCCGCCUCCGCCGCCACCAUGGCCUGUCAGUCUCAGGGCAUCCAGCAGCUGCUGCAGGCCGAGAAGCGCGCCGCCGAGAAGGUCUCCGAGGCUCGCAAGCGAAAGAACCGGAGGCUGAAGCAGGCCAAAGAAGAAGCUCAGGCUGAAAUUGAACAAUACCGCCUGCAGAGGGAGAAAGAGUUCAAGGCCAAAGAAGCUGCGGCUCUAGGAUCCCAUGGCAGUUGUAGCACUGAAGUGGAGAAGGAGACCCAGGAGAAGAUGACCAUCCUCCAGACCUACUUCCAGCAUAACAGGGAGGAAGUCCUGGACAACCUCUUGGCCUUUGUCUGCGACAUCCGGCCAGAAAUCCACGAAAACUACCGCAUAAAUGGAUAGGGGAGGAGUGCCUGUUCCAUGGAUUGGCAUUUUAGAUGCCCUCACAUGGAAUAUGAAGCUUUAGCAAAGCUUGAGUUAUAUUCUUGUGGAAAGGUGUUAAGUUAUUUCUGUAUAUUACAUGGUAGGUCAUUUCACUUUUUGUAGAGUAGCAAACCUAGCUUCUUUGUACAGACUUAGAGCUUCUCCAAAGAUUCCAUCUUUUUACCUCAUAUUUCUUAUAAAUUUAAUGGGUAUAUGUUGUCUGUUUUCUUGUGUCAUUAAGCCCAAGCUACAUAUAUGGCAAUAUUGACUUUUUCUUUCUUAGAUCUAGUACCAAAAAAUAUAUAUAUAUAUAUAUUUGAAGAAAGAAAGGGAUUAAAUAUUUUAUUUCCCUAAGGCUUUCUUAAAGGUCAGGGGCUUUACCUAUGAAAAAGUAGUAAAUAGUUAUUUGUAACCUGCAUGAAGUAGCAGCCAGCCUUAAAUUAGUCCUUUCUGGCUAAGAGAACAAUGAAUACUAGAAUAAUUGUUUGGGCUGCUUUUAGUUUCUCUUAAUAAGAAUUACUAGAUAGAAUUCAAGAACUUGUUCCAUUGCUUGUUAUUGCAUAAUGUACUGGUAAUCACUUUGAAGUAAAGACUCUUUGUCAUGCA